AUGCGUAGAUUCUCUCCCAUAGUCGAGAUUUUUCUCAGGAAACGCCAAUUCGUCUUAGCAUCUUCGCAAUUCAAGUCUGGGUUUUACUUGAUUCACAGAAGUUUCCACGUUUCUAGAGUUCUCGAAGGUAAUUUCCGGAGAAGUAACGGGAUUGGUUUAGUUUGUCUCGAGAAGAGCAACAACGAGCGUACAAAAAGCUCCAAGUACGAUGAAUUCGCGAGCGACGUCGAGAAAGCAUACAGAAUCCUGCGGAAAUUUCAUUCUAGGGUUCCGAAGUUGGAACUCGCGCUUGACGAAUCCGGUGUUGAACUCCGACCCGGGUUAAUCGAACGGGUCCUGAAUCGUUGCGGUGAUGCUGGGAAUCUAGGUUACAGAUUCUUCGUCUGGGCUGCGAAACGACCUGGGUAUUGUCACAGCUACGAAGUGUAUAAAUCAAUGGUGAAGAUUCUAAGUAAAAUGCGGCAAUUUGGAGCUGUUUGGGCUUUAAUCGAAGAGAUGAGGAAGGAGAAUCCACAGUUAAUUGAACCUGAAUUGUUUGUUGUUCUUGUGCGGAGAUUUGCGUCUGCGAAUAUGGUGAAGAAAGCAAUUGAGGUGCUCGACGAAAUGCCUAAGUUCGGUUUAGAGCCGGACGAGUAUGUUUUCGGGUGUUUGCUUGAUGCGUUGUGUAAGAACGGUAACGUUAAGGAUGCUGCGAAGCUUUUCGAGGAUAUGAGAUUGCGGUUUCCGUCGAAUUUGAGGUAUUUUACUUCGUUGUUGUAUGGUUGGUGCAGGGAAGGGAAGAUGAUGGAAGCUAAACAUGUAUUGGUUCAGAUGAAAGAAGCUGGGUUUGAGCCAGACAUUGUUGUUUACACUAACUUGGUAAGUGGUUAUGCUCAUGCUGGUAAAAUUGCAGAUGCUUAUGAUCUUUUGAAAGAUAUGAGAAGAAGAGGGUUCGAACCGAAUGCGAAUUGUUACACGGUUUUGAUCCAGGCAUUGUGUAAGGUAGAUAGAAUGGAGGAGGCAAUGAGGGUAUUUAUCGAGAUGGAGAGGUAUGAGUGUGAGGCAGAUGUUGUGACUUACACUGCGUUGGUUUGUGGGUUUUGUAAAUGGGGAAAGAUCGAUAAGUGUUAUAGCGUGUUAGACGAUAUGAUAAAGAAAGGGCUAAUGCCGUCUCAGCUUACCUAUAUGCAUAUCAUGGCGGCUCAUGAGAAGAAAGAAAAAAUCGAAGAAUGUUUGGAGUUGAUGGAGAAGAUGAAGGAGAUAGGUUAUCAUCUUGAUCUUGGCGUUUACAAUGUCGUCAUUAGAUUGGCUUGUAAAUUGGGAGAAGUAAAGGAAGCUGUUCAAUUAUGGAACGAAAUGGAAGCAAACGGUUUGAGUCCGGGAGUCGAUACAUAUGUUAUUAUGAUCAAUGGAUUAACAAGCCAAGGUACUCUACUCGAAGCCUGCGAACACUUCAAAGAAAUGGUAAGUCGAGGACUGUUCUCUGUUCCUCAAUACGGUACUCUGAAGUCAUUACUAAAUGCUCUUUUAAGAGCCGAGAAGCUCGAAAUGGCGAAAGAUGUUUGGAGUUGCAUCACAAGUAAAGGCAUUUGCGAGCUGAAUAAAUCGUCUUGGACAAUAUGGAUCCACGCAUUGUUCUCGAAAGGUCAUGUAAAGGAAGCGUGUUCUUAUUGUCUCGAAAUGAUGGAGAUGGACUUCAUGCCACAACCGGACACAUUCGCUAAACUUAUGAAAGGUCUGAAGAAACUGUAUAAUAGAGAAUUCGCCGCAGAGAUUACGGAGAAGGUGAGGAAUAUGGCAGCUGAGAGAGAUAUGAGUUUUAAGAUGUAUAAGAGAAGAGGAGUACACGAUUUGACAGAGAAAGCGAAAGCCAAAAAAGAUAAAGGGAAGAAGAAGAAGAAACAAAGGAGUAAACACUCUUAG